ACGAUAGGUUAUUAACUGUAAGACUAUUGAUUAGAAAUAUACAAAUAUAUAGAAGAUGUCAUAUCAAUCAUCAUUUGAAGAGUAUGAUUCAUUACAACUACGGAUGAAUGAAUUUGUAACAGAAGUAGAGGCUAAAUUAACAGAGAAAAGAGCAAAUUUAAUUACCAAUAAACAAAACCAUUAUAUCAAAUUAAAUGAUUUAAAAUCUCAAGAGAUAAAACUUCAAUCAGAUAUCAAUGCCUUAUUAGCGAAACAGGAUAAGACUAAAAUCCAAUUGAAUGACGCUUUAAAUAAUUUACAAACACAACGACUCAAAAUUGAUGAAUUAAUAAAACAUCAAGAUAUAUUAAUCAAUAAUAAGAAUCAGUUAUCUAAUGAAAUAGCCGACUUGAACCAAGAAAUAUCUUCUACCAAUGACGAAUUAAAUAAAUCAGAACGAAACUUAUCUUAUCAAACGACUCAGAAUUUACAAGAAUUAAUCAAAUAUGAAAUUUAUUUAGGGAUAAAGAUUCAAGUGGUGAAAAUUGAUUUGAUUAAAUUCAUAUUUUCUAAUAUAGAUUCAAAUAAUUAUGCCCGUGAAUUUGCAAUCGAGUUGAUAAUAAACGAUGAUAACUAUAAAAUAGGUAAGGUUGAACCUGAUUUAGGUCAUGACAUUGUUGGACUUCUAGAGAAAGAAUUUAAUGAACAUAAAGAAUUAGUCAAAUUCUUAAAGACUUCCAGAAAUUUAUUCAAAGAUUUGGUAUGAAUAAAUGAAUUGUGGUAUUGCCUACAAAUGUAUAAUAGUGUACAAAUAUAUACAUAUAUAACAUGUGUAAAAUAGUCAUAGGUUUCAAAUAAAUUUAAGG